AUGGCUACUUCUGUGGCGGUACCUUUGAAUGAGAAAGGGCGAUGGAGCCAUCUCUACAAGGUUCUAUCCAAACCCGGCCCUUUCAGCGAUGAGGAUUGGGUACCAGGAGAAGAAACAAUUAAUGCAUUGGAAUCUUCUAAAAUUCUAGUGAUCGGAGCUGGUGGAUUGGGAUGUGAAAUCUUAAAAAAUCUCGCGCUUUCAGGAUUUAAAGACAUCCAUGUCAUCGAUAUGGAUACAAUCGAUAUCUCAAAUCUUAACCGACAAUUCCUGUUCCGCCAAGCUGAUAUCGGAAAGCCCAAAGCAGAAGUUGCUGCUGCUUUUGUAGAGAAGCGAGUCAAAGGUGUCAAAAUCACUCCAUACGUGGGCAAGAUUCAGGAUAAAGAUGAGGAUUACUACAUGCAAUUUAAGAUAGUAAUCUGUGGCCUUGAUAGCAUUGAAGCCCGCCGCUGGAUCAAUUCAACGCUAAUCGGAAUGGUCGACCUCGAAAACCCGGAGAGUCUCAAGCCAUUAGUUGACGGUGGUACCGAAGGAUUCAAGGGUCAAGCCCGUGUGAUUCUGCCAACUCUGUCGUCAUGUAUCGAAUGUCAACUUGACAUGCAUGCUCCACGGCCUGCGGUACCCCUUUGUACUAUCGCCACAAUCCCUCGUCAGCCUCAACAUUGCAUCGAAUGGGCUCACCAGAUUGCCUGGCAAGAAAAGCGCAAAGAUGAUACUUUUGACAGCGAUGAUAUGGAGAAUAUUUCGUGGGUGUACAAUACCGCUCUCGAGCGAGCCCAGCAAUUCCAUAUCCACGGCGUUACUUUCCAGAUGACCCAAGGGGUGGUGAAGAAUAUUAUUCCAGCGAUUGCAUCAACUAAUGCUGUAAUUGCAGCCUCAACGACUUCUGAGGUGUUGAAAAUUGCAACCUCAUGCAAUCCAUACCUCGAGAACUACAUGAUGUAUGCCGGAGAGGAGGGUGUUUACACAUAUACCUUCGAGGCGGAGAAAAAGGCAGAUUGCCCCGUGUGCGGUAAUCUUGCUCGCAAUAUGGAUGUGGAUCCAAAUAUGACAUUGGGUGAUUUCAUAGACAGCCUCGGCGAGAAGGCCGAAGCCCAACUGAAGAAGCCAAGCAUGCGAACAGAGGAAAAAACACUCUACCAGCGAUUCCCUCCACAGCUGGAGGAGCACACACGGCCAAAUCUAGUACUCAAGCUUUCUGAGCUUUUAGAGAACGGCCAAGAGAUUGCAGUUAGUGAUCCGGCAUACACUAUCGACUUCCGGUUCCGGCUGCACUUCAGAUAA